AUGAUAAAACAAGGAAGAAGAUCACGAGAUGGAGCUCAACCAGCAGACCUCUUAGUUUGUUUCCCAUCUCAUAGAACUAAUCAUUUAAACCUCAUUCCUAGUAAACCCAUUUGUAGUCCUGGUCACCCCACGGAUAUCACAAAGGUACCGCACCGCCGCAGCCACCAUCACCACCUUAGAGGUGGUCAUUCUAUGUCCAGUCCUCAUCUAUGGGCGAAAACCAAACCGUCGAUGAGAUCACAAAUCAAGGAACCAACUUCGCCGAAGGUCAGUUGUGCUGGUAAUAUAAAAGUUAUCAGACAGCCGAAGAGUAUUACAAAUUCUACCACCACCACCCCUCGUGCAACUACUACUACUAUGACGGCGAUGAACGGGAAAUAUCGGAGUAGUUCAAGCAAGAAUUGGCAUUCAGUCAUGGAAGAGAUCGAAAUGACACGAAAGAAAAAUACAGCACUCGUGAAGACGUCCACAAGAGCAACUACUAAUAAUACCCGUUCUACAUCGUGGAUGGGAAGUACAUUGGGUAAAAAGAAAGAUGUGAUGAAGCUCUUGAAAAAUUUACGGAACUUCCGAUUGAAUUUCGGGUGUUUGGGUUCUUUCGAAGAUGUAUCUCAUCAAGAUAUCAGAAGUAAUAGUAGCAGCACAACUACUUCUCUUGACGAAGACGAAGCAGUAAUUCAAGAAGAUAAUAAGCGAUAUGAAUUUUGUCAUAGUAGACAUAGUACUGGUAGUAUACCAAAUGGCGAUAGUUCAUAUAGGACUAGUGUCAUGUCAAAAGUGUAUACGGCACUACAAGAAAACAAGAAUGUUGCUCAGUUCAUAAAUACUAAUAAUGCAGUGAUCAACAACGAAAAGACAGCCGAAGUUGAAGACGGUGAAGAUGCGGAAGAGUCUGUUCCUCCUCCGAAUGCUCUGUUGCUCAUGAGAUGUAAGACAUUACCGGCCAAAAGUUGGUUGGAAGAAAGAGAUGAGAAUCAACAAGAAGAAGAAAUGAUGAAAAAACAAAAGUUGAUUAUGAAAUGGGAAAAUCAAAAUACUAUUAAUAUUGGUUCGUGUAAAAUUUCUGCUUCUAAUAUUGUUAAGAAGAAGACUUGGGUUAUCGAUGGAAUCAAAGAUCAAUUCUCUAGGAGUAGAAGUUGGAAGAUUUGA